AUGCUCCAAUUAACGUUCCAGUCAGUACCCUGUCCAUUCUCUUCCCCGCUCACACCCCCUCCCCUUAAAAACAGACCAAAGUCAAAACCCUUAGAACUCUCCCCCGUCUCGGGAGCUCUGGCGGGACCGACGGACUCCGCUCGCGAACCCGACGCCACAGAGAAUCAGACGCUUCCAGAUUCCCACCGCGACCCCAGCCCGGAGUUUCCUUUCCAGCCGUUCUCCGGGGCCGCGGGACGUGCCUUGCGGCGCCAACCAAUCGCGUGCAGAGAUUAUUUCCUCGGGUUGCAAUCGGACCAAUGGGAGGACUCGGUGUUGAAAGGUCCAGUGACGAGCCAAAAUGGCUGCGCCCAUGUACUCCUCGUAGCAGUUGUUGACCUUUGUUUUUCCUCCCUGUCACCUGGCCCCUGUGGUGGCAGGCUGGACACGAAGACUAUGCUGGGCCGGACCCUCCGAGAAGUUUCUACUGCACUGAAACAAGGCCAAAUUACUCCAACUGAGCUCUGUCUAAAAUGUCUCUCCCUGAUCAAGAAGACCAAGUUUCUAAAUGCUUACAUUACUGUAUCAGAAGAAGUGGCCUUAAAGCAAGCUGAAGAAUCAGAGAAAAGAUAUAAGAAAGGUCACUCACUUGGGGAUUUAGAUGGAAUUCCUGUUGCAGUAAAAGACAACUUUAGCACAUCUGGCAUUGAGACAACAUGUGCAUCAAACAUGUUGAAAGGUUAUGUACCACCUUAUAAUGCCACAGUAGUUCAAAAGCUGUUGGAUCAGGGAGCUCUACUAAUGGGAAAAACAAACUUAGAUGAAUUUGCUAUGGGAUCUGGUAGCACAGAUGGUGUAUUCGGACCAGUUAAAAACCCCUGGAGUUAUUCAAAACAGUACAGAGAAAAGAGGAAGCAGGAACCCCAUGGUGAGAACGAGGAGACAAAUUGGCUUAUAACUGGAGGAAGCUCCGGAGGGAGUGCAGCCGCCGUAUCAGCGUUCACAUGCUUUGUGGCUUUAGGAUCAGAUACAGGAGGAUCAACCAGAAAUCCCGCUGCCCACUGUGGAGUUGUUGGUUUAAAACCAAGCUAUGGCUUAGUUUCCCGUCACGGUCUCAUUCCCCUGGUGAAUUCAAUGGAUGUGCCAGGAAUCUUAACCAGAUGCGUGGAUGAUGCAGCAACUGUGUUGGGUGUACUGGCUGGGCAUGACUGCAAAGAUUCGACCACAGUACAAGAUCCUGUUAAAUCAUUUAUACUUCCCAGUUUGACAGAUGUAAGCAAACUAUGUAUAGGAAUUCCCAAGGAAUAUCUUGUACCAGAAUUAUCGAGUGAAGUACAAUCUCUCUGGUCCAAAGCUGCUAAGCUGUUUGAGUCUGAGGGGGCCAAAGUAAUUGAAGUGUCCCUGCCCCACACCAGUUAUUCAAUUGUCUGCUACCAUGUAUUGUGUACAUCAGAAGUGGCAUCGAAUAUGGCAAGAUUUGAUGGGCUAGAGUAUGGUCACAGAUGUGACAUUAAUGUGUCUACUGAAGCCAUGUAUGCUGCAACCAGACGAGAAGGCUUUAACAAUGUGGUGAGAGGAAGAAUUCUCUCAGGAAACUUUUUCUUAUUAAAAGAAAACUAUGAGAAUUACUUCGUCAAAGCACAGAAAGUGAGACGACUCAUUACUAAUGAUUUUGUGAAUGUUUUUAACUCUGGAGUGGAUGUCUUGCUAACUCCCACCACCUUGAGUGAGGCAGUGCCGUACGUGGAGUUCAUCAAAGAAGACAACAGAACGCGAAGUGCCCAGGGUGAUAUUUUUACACAGGCUGUAAAUAUGGCAGCUCUCUGUCUUUUAGAACCACAUCAGGCUGCAUUAUAAUUCUUAAUAGCAAUGAUCAAACAUAGCAUAGAACACUCAAGAGGAGAUGGAAAUUCUACUGUUCUUACCUGUGCUUUUGGUUAUUGUGUUCAUUUCUCCCUGAUUUGUCAAGAUUUUUUGUUUUAUCACAUCCUUUCUGUUUAGAGAAAUUCCUUUAGCCAUUUUUUUAGGGUAGGUCUGAUGGCAACUAAUUCUCUUCGCUUUCUUCCUUUUCAUUUUUAAAAAUUAUUUUUGCUAUAUAUAGGAUUCUGUU